AUGUAAGAAUAUCACAAACCAGCAAGAUCAUUACAUUUUGCAUAACCAAAAGCUGAAUUCUUAUUCAAAUCUAAUAAAAGAUAUCCUGAAUUCGAUCCAGCUUGUUUUUUAAAUGACUUUGAUGCAAUACCUGAAUAAAAUUUGAGGUUCAAAUCUGAAAAUAUUUCACUAUUAACUAAAUAAACUGAUUAGAAAAAAGAAAUGUAAAAAGUACCUGAUACUAAAAUUCCAGUCCUCCCUAAAAUUAAUUAAAAGUUUAUUCGAGAUCAAGAUGUUGUUGAGGAAGUGUACUUCUUACCUGAAUCAAAAUAGAAGUACUUACAAAAAAAUAGAUUAAUUUUAUCUAAUAACAUCCUAUAACCCUCUUUAGAUAGAAUUAGUAAAUCUUCUAGAGAUCUUGAUUAAUUAUAGGCCAAAAAAAAAAGAGUCGAAUUCAAUACUGCCUUAGAAAUUGUAGACUUUGAAGGAAGAGUUAGUACUGAAAUAAUAAAUCCUGAAUAAUAAACAAUUACAAAAUAGAAAAGAUUUUCAAGACUUAAAACACUUGAAUGUUGA